CUCCCGCCAUCCCACUGUAGGAGGAAGAGGAGGGAGAGGAGAGGAGAGAGAGCAAGAAAGGAGGUGCAAAGGACAAACAGCAAGAAUUAUACCACAUUAGAGACCUCCUUCCGCCAUGACGUGAGACGGCAGACAAUGCAGAAUACCUCAGAGCAUUCUAAGCUCGUGAUGUCAGGGACGCCGCCAGCUGUGGGGGGCGGCGGCGGAGGAGGAGGAGGAGGAGGGGGCACGGGCGCGGGGGGUGGCGGGGGAACCGGGGGCGGCGCCUCUACGGGGGGCGCCGCUGCUGUUGCCCCCGCCGCAGCAGAUCAUUUUUGCCUGCGUUGGAAUAAUUAUCAGACAAAUAUGACAGCUGUGUUUGACCAACUCCUGCAGGAAGAGGUAUUUGUGGAUGUAACUCUGUCUUGCGAGGGUGGCCAACAGCUGCGUGCCCACAAGGUCGUGCUGGCGGCGUGCAGUCCGUAUUUCCAGGCCGUGCUGCAGAACAACCCCUGCAAACACCCGAUAGUUAUUCUGCCAAGAGAUGUUGCUUUUGCCGAUCUAAGAGCCAUCAUUGAAUUUGUGUACAGGGGAGAAAUUGACGUGGCACAAGAGCAGAUCAACUCCCUUCUUGCCGCGGCUGACACUCUCAAAAUUAAGGGUCUUUGUGAGGUGGGGGAGGAUCCAAUGCACGUCCCCCCUGGAUUCACCGCCACCCCAUCGGCCCGCCACGCCUCCACCUCCUCUCACUCGUCCCACACCCCCCGUGGCCGACCGCCGUACAGCAGGGGGCGGUUCAACACGUCGUACAGGCCACGGGGGAGGCCGCCCCUGUAUGGGAGGCACCGAUAUGACAGGCCGUCCCCCGGAGCAACCAGAAGGAGUGAACACCACGAUGCGAGCUCGAGCAAGAGGAUAAAGAUGGAGACCGGGGAGGAGGAGGGCCACCCUGGGGGGAGGAGGGGGACCCCGGGGCACAGCAGGCACGCCCCCCACCCACACUACGUUCACAACGACACGUCCCUGCCCCCCCACGUACUGCCAGGCCUCUCCCCGGGGGAUGAGGGGGCAGGCACCUCACAUGCGGGGGACUACAACACGGCGUAUGGGGCGUAUGCUAAAACAGAAGGUGACGGCCAGCACAUGGGUUCUGACGCUACUGACUCCAGUGGCCAACGUAUGACUGUCACGCCGGAGUUAUUGGGUCUGAUGCCUUCCAAUACCACCUCUCAUUACUCCUCAGACACGGAGAGCUUGUCAGGCACACCGGGGGGCAGGAAACUCUGGACAGACGAGGACAUGGAUAAAGCUCUCGAUGCCCUUAGGAACGCCGUAAUGUCCUUAAGUAAAGCUGCCCAUGUUUACGGUAUCCCGGCCACUACUCUCUGGCAACGCGCUCACAGAAUGGGCAUUGAGACACCUAAGAAGGAAGGGCCCAAUAAGACCUGGAGCGAACAUGACCUCACGGGGGCCCUGGAGGAGCUGAGAAGUGGAAGAAUGAGUGCUAACAGAGCCUCUAAGGAGUUUGGCAUCCCUAACUCAACGUUGUACAAGAUCGCGCGCAAGGAGGGCAUCAAGCUGUCCUCCCCGUUCUCCGCCAUUCAGCCCUCGUGGAAUCCUGACGACCUCAACAAGGCCCUGGACGCCAUCCGGGGUGGCAUGAGCGUGCAGAAGGCGGCGCAGGAGUACGGCAUCCCCACGGGUACGCUGUACGGCCGCUGCAGGAGGGAGGGAAUCGAGCUCAGCAAAUAUCAGGGCGUGCCGUGGUCGGGGGAGGACAUGAAGGACGCCCUGGAGGCGGUGCGCGUGGGCGAGAUGUCCAUCAACCAGGCGGCCAUCCACUUCAACCUGCCGUACUCGUCGCUGUACGGCCGCUUCAAGCGCGGCAAGUACGAGGACGGUCUGCCCCACCAGGACUUCCUGCACCAGGAGAUGACCAUCGAGCACUACCCCGCCGAGCCCCAGGCCGGCCCCGGGGCCCCGCCCUCAGCCGCCCUGCAGCAGCAGCAGCAGCAGCAGCAGCAGCACACGCCGCCGCCCACCAGCCAGCAGGGGCCGCCCCCGCCCAGGGACAGGCGGGCCCCCAGCAGCAGCUGACGCCGGGGCCGCCCGCCGAGCACUAUUGACUAGAUGAAGGGAACACUGGCCGCCACAGCGCCGACGGGGCCGCCGCCGCAGAGCGCGGCCCCUCGGACUCAGAGCAGAAGCAAGCCACGCCACAGCCGCAGCAGCAGCCGCCAUCCGACGUGCCGCGCCCGCAGCCGGACCCGCCGGCGCCCUCUUCGCUGGGUGCCGCCAGCUCCGACUACGGCGAGAGCGGCGGGCCUCCCACGCCCGUGGUCUUCACGGGCGGGGAGGCGCCGCUGUACUCAGCAGCCGCCGCUGCCGCCGCCGCCGCAGCCGCCGCGGAGCACCACCCGGCGCUGUACUCGCCGCCGGCGUCGCUGGCGGGCCAGGAGCCGCUGUACCCCGCGGCGGCAUCGCUGGCGCAGCCACACCCGCAGGUGUACCCGCACUACUA